GUAGGUACUUGCAUAAUAAAGCAAGAUCGACGCACGAACGCGUCAUCGAGCGGCGGCCAUUCUCGCAAUAAAGGAUUUCACGUAAUAACGGUGCUCAGUGUUUUAUUCCUGUGUCUAGAUACUAAAGUGGCGACGAGUCUGUUUUCGAGUCAUACGCGUGUUGUUUUUUUGUUUGUGUAAGAUGUCGAUUGGAAAAAUAACAGAAUUUAAAGUACAAAGUGAAAACUGGAAUUUGUACGUAGAACGGCUUGAACAAUAUUUUCUAGUUAACAAGAUCGAAUCCGAUUUGCAAGUGCCUACACUAAUUACCGUUAUGGGAGCGGAAAGCUAUGAGCUGUUAGUGAGUUUGUGUACUCCUGACAAGCCGCACACAAAAUCUUUCAAAGAGUUAACUACGAUUAUGGCGAAUCAUUUGCAACCAAAGCCAAGUGAGCUGGCGGAAAGAUAUAAAUUUCGCCAUAGGAAGCAAGGCGAGGCCGAAAGUAUCUCAGAGUACGUUGCAGUAUUGAAAAAGAUGUCAAAAACAUGUGAUUUCGGCGCUGGAUUACAGGAAAGUUUACGUGAUCAGUUAGUUUGUGGAAUCAAAAGCGAGACGAUUCGUCAACGCCUAUUCGCCGAGAGCAAGUUAGACUUCACGAAAGCAUAUAACUUAGCAGUUAGCUUGGAAGCGGCGGAGAAAGAUGCGGCGAUGGUUGUGGGGAGCGCGAAGGCGAGUAGCGAGGCGAGCCUAGUGGACUGCCAGGCGGUGUACGGCGGGCGCGCGCGGCGGCCCGCGGCUGCUGCUAGGGGCCAGCGCGGGUGGCGCGCGGCGUCACGCGGCGCGGGCACCGCGGCGGCGGAUCGGUCGCGGGCCCAGCAAGGCUGCCGGGCGUGUGGUGGCGCUCACGAUGAGGCAGGGUGCAGGUUUAAAGCGUAUGUGUGCAGGGUGUGUAUGACCCGGGGACACGUCCGCCGGGUAUGCCCUAAUAUAACAACGCAUAACACAGUGGAGGUGACACAGUGCAACAAUCAAGUGGAACAGGAUAGCGAUGCUAGUGAUGAGUUCCAGAUAUUGUAAAGUGUUCGCGGACGGCCUGGGGCGAUUCACUGGCGAGCCGGUGCGCAUCUACGUGCCGACGGACGCGCGCCCGGUGUUCAUGCGCGCGCGCCCGCUUGCAUACGCUCUGAGGGAACCAGUGGAGCGCGCGCUGGCUCA